AUGAGGAAGCUGGGUCAUCAUCAACAGUCAACAAACGUGGCUGUUACAGGCAGCUCUGACCAGCAUGAACGAUCCUCAGGCCACAUUCCAAGAUUUUCACCCCCGUAUCCAAUGAUCCCCAAACUGUACGUGAUGCCAUGGAAGCAGGACAUGAAGAACCAGAGACUUCUGAUGAAGGCAGCAGCUCUGGCAGGGAUCCCCGUGGUUCCUCUUGAGGAGUCUUUGUGUUUCUGUGGUCGGGAACGUUUCUGCCACGGCCAGGACUCCACCUACACCACCUCCUCCACACCUCUAUUCAGUCAGACGGGACUGCCCGCUCAUAACUCCUCCCACCUCUGCAGGUACAACAGUUCUGUGGUGACGACCAGGCGGCUCAUCCAACCCUGA